UCUCCCACUUUGCGAGAUAUAUGCCAGCCUCAUGUCCCCACCCAUAUUUUGCAAAGGUAAUUUCAAGUUUCUUCUUUCUUAUGCUCUGCUUAAUCAUACUCAGUCAUUGUUGUUGCUGUUUCAGGAUGGAAGAGAUUGGAUAUGUGAUGCCUACAGAUGUUCAGAGGGAGGCUUUGCCUCAUCUUUUCUCCGGCCGUGACUGUAUACUUCAUGCUCAGACAGGUUCUGGGAAGACACUUACAUACCUGCUUUUGAUUUAUUCCAUCAUCAACACUUUGAAAUCUUCUGCGCAAGCGCUUGUUGUCGUCCCCACCCGUGAACUUGGCAUGCAAGUCACUAAAGUUGCAAGGAUGUUGGCAGCAAAGCCAACUGGAGUCGACGGGGAGCAGAAGUCGUGUACCAUCAUGGCUCUCUUGGAUGGAGGAACAUUGAGAAGACACAAGAGUUGGUUAAAGGCAGAGCCUCCAACAGUAGUGGUUGCAACAGUUGGGAGUUUAUGCCAAAUGCUUGAAAGACAAAUUUUCUUGCUUGAAUCUGUGCGGGUGCUAAUUGUUGAUGAGGUUGACUUCAUUUUCAGUUCUUCAAAGCAAGUUAGUUCUCUUAGAAAGCUUUUGACUUCAUAUUCAUCGUGCAAUAACCGUCAGACAGUUUUUGCAAGUGCAUCUAUACCACAGCACAGACGAUUUCUUCACGAUUGUGUGCAGCAAAAAUGGACAAAGAGUGAUGUGAUCCAUAUCCAUGUCAGUCCAGUGGAGCCCAUGCCAUCUCGCCUGUGUCAUAGAUUUAUAAUAUGCAAUAACAAAAGGAAACUACAAACCCUAUUAUCCUUGAUUCAAUCUGAUGCACCUGAGUCUGGCAUUAUAUUUGUUGGUGAACAGUCUGAGAAGUCCAAAAAGGCUGGAAAUGCUCCAUCAACAGACCUUGUCAUUGACUUUUUGAAGACAUCAUAUGAAGGGCCUUUAGAUAUUGUCCUUCUUGAGGAUGACAUGAAUUUCAACUCACGCGCAGUUUCAUUGUUGGAGGUUCGAAAAGGAGGUGGAUAUCUGCUUGUAGCAACAGAUAUAGCUGCUAGAGGAGUUGACCUUCCUGAAAUGUCUCAUAUCUACAACUUUGACUUGCCAAGGACUGCCAUUGAUUAUCUUCAUCGAGCAGGCAGGACUUGUAGGAAACCUUUUUCUGACAUGAAAUGUACUGUUACCACCAUUAUAGUUCCCGAGGAGAGGUUUGUUCUGCAGAAAUAUGAAAAUGAGUUGAUGUUUAACUCUGAGGAGCUUAUUCCAUAAACCUUGCCUAAACUUUCACGUCUAUAAAUAUGAUAGUGAUAGAUCUUACUGUGCCUGAAACUGAAAGUGUCUUUAACUUCAUACAUUCAUCGUUAAAAAAAUCGUCUAUGUUGAUAGUCUUCGUUUAGGAACAUAAUAUAUUAGGUCAAUGAAUAAAAAAUAUGAGAUUAAUUCUUAUGUACUAAUAUAAAAUGUUCUAGAUUGUCGUUUAGUCAGAUUUAUUUAUUAUGACCAUUUAAAGAAUAGGUUAUUAACAUAAUUACUUUUGUUGAGUGACAAUUUAUGAUAAUUGGGAUAAUAUAAAGUCACAUGUUUUCUAAACCCAAAUCAAAUUCUAAAAAUGUUGAUAUAUAUUUUAAGAUAAUUACAACCAACAGUAAAUACCUGGAAUUUCCUAAUUUCUGUUUCGUUUUUCAGGUCAACCAAUUGAUGAGUUUUUAAAAUUGUAGCCAUGAGGGGGUAUUGCUAUGUAUGUGAAAUCUUAAAGUUACUUUUUUUCUUCCCCCAAAAUUAGAAGUAAGACUCG